CGGCGUGGUCGGGAAAUCUUCCGGUCUUUUGGCUUUCGGCUAGGAGGAGGCUAGGGUGCAACUUUCCUCGGUCGUCCCGAAUCCGGGUUCAUCCGACACCAGCCGCCUCCACCAUGCCGCCGAAGUUCGACCCCAACGAGGUCAAAGUCGUGUACCUGAGGUGCACCGGUGGCGAAGUCGGCGCUACGUCCGCCCUGGCCCCCAAGAUCGGCCCUCUGGGUCUGUCUCCGAAAAAGGUGGGUGAUGACAUCGCCAAGGCAACUGGUGACUGGAAGGGUCUGCGGAUUACGGUGAAGCUGACCAUUCAGAACAGACAGGCCCAGAUUGAGGUGGUGCCUUCUGCUUCUGCCCUGAUCAUCAAAGCCCUCAAGGAGCCACCAAGAGACAGAAAGAAGCAGAAAAACAUUAAACACAGUGGAAAUAUCACUUUUGACGAGAUUGUCAACAUUGCCCGACAGAUGCGGCACCGGUCUUUAGCCAGAGAACUUUCUGGAACCAUUAAAGAGAUCCUGGGGACCGCCCAGUCUGUGGGCUGCAAUGUGGACGGCCGGCACCCUCACGACAUCAUAGACGACAUCAACACCGGGGCCGUGGAGUGCCCGGCUAGCUAAGAAUAAGAAGCCUAAGAAAAAUGUAUUUCAAUAAAAAGAUGAUCUGACAA